AUGAAUACUUCCAUGCAAGUUCCAGGGUACAACAGCGCUAUGGCGACACAGCAACAGCAGCAGCAACAACAACAGCAACAUCAGCAGCAGUCGCAACAGCCACAGCCACAACAACAGGGCCGAAAUUUGGCACUGUCGCCUCACAACCAACAAUCUUUUAACUCGGUUCAGCAGUAUCCCCAGCGAAUGGGAAAUCCAAUGGGCCCCGGCCAAAACCAGCCUAUGAUGGCAACACAGGGCUUGCCACAACACCUGCCACAGAUGGGAAGGGCCCAACGCCCGCCCAUGCAGAGAACGCAUCUGUAUCAAGUUGCACCCCAGAAUUCACAAACUCCAACCUCGAAAAUGGUGUAUAGUCCAGUUCCCGACAACAAGCUGCAUUCGGGAUCGAAUUCUCAUGCACACACCACUCCAUUAAUGGUGCAGCAGAACAUGCCAACGCAAUUCAAGGUUCCGGCUUCAGGAAUGAUGCAGGGCCCUAAGAACCAGCAGGGCCAGCCCGUUCAACACCUGCAGUUACCUCAACAACCACAGCCACAACUGCAGCAACAACACCUACAAAUUCAGCCUCCUCAACCUCUCCAACAACAACCAGGAAGCGCGAACUCUAACGGCAACUUGAAUCUGGACGGCUCUAUCAACUCUCCUCACCAAGGUUCCAUAACCGGGUCCCAGAGUGUGAAUGGCAGUGUCAAUGGGGGAGCUGUAGCAUUGCAAGGAGGUGCAAUGAAUAAAAUUGGGGCAGCUGCUGCACAGAAUGAGAUCAAUGCAAAGAUUUUCAAGCGUAAUCUCGGUAACGCAGGCGUGAUGCGUAUUCUAGACUUGAUCGAUAUUGUGUCCAAUGAGUCCGCUGAAAAGCUAACCACGCUCGAUUUCUGGACCCGCUUUGUCCUGAGCUACUUUGCUCCGAAUGCGGUAAUGCGGUUCACGCCUGCCCCUGGCUCACCAAAACUACCCAACGAAUCUAUCAUUGACGGGUUCAAUAGACUGGCCAAUGGCCGCCUGUACGAGCUCGAUGUGCUUACUGCACCUCGAUUCCUCGUGGCAAGCAUAUUGUCACAGGCACUGACAAAACACCAGGUGACUUUACCCGGUAUCAAGUCGCAAGUGAUGAACAACGGGUCGGUGUUCAUUGCCUCCCAGCUCAACUUUCAAUUCACAUAUGCCGAUGGCACCUUGGGUAUUCUCCAAGGUACCUGUCGUAUCUCUCUUAAUAAGGACUAUCGUAUUGACUGGCUAGACUGUCGCUGCUUGAACUACCUGUCGUCGAUAACGAUGAGCUCUCUUGAAAAACACUGGCAUCAAUUCCGCAGCUUAUCGGAUGAUAAACUCGAUUCUGUCAAUUCCAACGGCGACUUUUUCGAAAGAUUGUGCGAGAGUGCUCAGUCGGUACGGAAUAGCUCCAAUUCUGGUGUCCACGACACAGCCAUGCGGAUCAUGCAAAUCGGCGAUCUAAUGACAUACCUCAAGCCGCUUAUGGCGUUCUCAUCUGCCAACGGAAUCAACCUGCCGUUGAAAGCUCUCGAGGGAUAUAUGGCGGCUAGUUCCGGCUCGCAUUUGCUGAGAAUUGGUUCCGUGAGUGCUGCCAAUGGCGCAGCUUCGAGUCCAUCUCCAAGAACAAUUUCUCAGGACGAACCAAAGAGUGUGUUGAAGAAACGGCGACUCUCGACGACGGUUAACAGUCCGAUGAACCCUGAUUCACGGAGAUGA